AUUUAGCACUUCUUUUUUUUUUGUCUCCUUCUGAAUCCAUUUUAUGGAUCUUGGAGUUCGUGUUUCUGGUCAUGAAAACGGUUCUUCUCCGGGUCAAACUGAACUCGGAUCUGGUUUCAGCAACAAGCAAGAAAGAUCCGGUUUCGAUGGUGAAGAUUGCUGGAGAAGUUCAAAGCUCUCAAGAACAUCAUCAACUGAUGUAUUCUCUUCUUCCUCUGCCUCUGCUAAAACACUGUCGUUUCAUCAAGGCAUCCCUUUACUGAGAUCUACCACUAUUGAUCCUCGUAAAGGACAAGAACAUAUGCUUAGCUUCUCUUCUACUUCAGACAAAUCAGAUGUCUCACCUUAUCUUCAGUACUGUAGAAACUCAGGAUAUGGUUUAGGAGGAAUGAUGAACACAAGCAACAUGCAUGGAAACUUGUUGACAGGAGUAAAAGGACCUUUUUCAUUGACUCAAUGGGCAGAGCUAGAGCAACAGGCUUUGAUCUAUAAGUAUAUCACAGCCAAUGUCCCUGUGCCAUCUAGUUUACUUCUCUCUCUCAAGAAAUCUUUUUUCCCUUAUGGAUCUUUGCCUCCUAAUUCUUUUGGAUGGGGCUCUUUUCAUCUGGGCUUUUCCGGUGGUAACAUGGAUCCCGAGCCCGGGAGAUGUCGCCGGACAGAUGGAAAGAAAUGGCGAUGCUCGAGGGACGCUGUUCCCGAUCAAAAGUACUGUGAACGACAUAUUAACAGAGGCCGCCAUCGUUCAAGAAAGCCUGUGGAAGGCCAAAUUGGCCACAAUACUAAUGCUGCCGUCGCUUCUGCCGCUGCUUCUACUGCUGCUGCUGUGUCCAAAGCGGCUGCAGGGACUUCAGCUAUUGCAAUGCGUGGAUCAGAUAAUAACAAUAGCCUUACCGCUGCUGUUGGAACCAAUCAUCAUGCCAAUAAUCAAUCUACAGAUUCUUUGGCUAACAGGGUUCAAAAUUCUCGAGGGGCUUCGGUUUUUCCUGCCACGAUGAACUUACAGUCGAAGGAAACUCAUCCGAAACAAAGCAAUAAUCCUUUUGAAUUCGGACUCAUCUCCUCUGAUUCGUUACUUAAUCCGUCGCAUAAACAAGCCUCUUAUGCAAACUCUUCGAAAGGCUUUGGAUCGUAUCUUGACUUCAGCAACCAAGCGAAGCACGCGGGGAAUCACCACAAUGACGAUUCUUGGCCUGAAGAGCUGAAAUCAGAUUGGACUCAGCUCUCAAUGUCGAUCCCCAUGGCUCCAUCUUCUCCUGUACAAGAUAAACUAGCACUCUCACCUUUAAGGUUAUCGCGGGAGUUUGACCCUGCGAUCCACAUGGGAUUAGGCGUCAACACUGAGUUUCUUGAGCCUGGGAAAAAGACGAAUAACUGGAUACCAAUCUCGUGGGGUAAUAACAACUCAAUGGGAGGUCCACUCGGCGAGGUACUAAACAGCACGACGAAUAGUCCCAAGUUUGGUUCUUCUCCAACGGGCGUCUUGCAAAAGUCGACAUUUGGUUCUCUUUCUAACAGCAGCUCGGGAAGCAGCACCAUCAUUGGCGAUAACAACAAUAAGAACGGUGAUGGAAAGGAUCCGCUUGGCCCGACCACGCUGAUGAACACUUCUGCUACUGCUCCUUCUCUGUGAAACUAAAAAAAAACUAAGGAC